ACCCAUGUCAUUUUAGAUUUACUCAAAAUUAAAAUAAAAUAGGUAGAUAAUCCAAUUGUUAUUGCGUGCCAAUCUUCCAUCCAACCAAACAGAGCAUUUCCACAUGAGAAGCAGAAAAGGAUCGAAAACAAUGAAAUAGGCGAAAUUCAUAAUCCUUUUCUUCUUCUUCUUCUUCUCGGAUAAGCUGCAGUUCCGCAUAAAUGGCACUCAAUUCAGUCUCUCUAAAACCACCGCCAAUAAAAUCCAUCGGCAUCUCUUCUUCCCUCAAGCCCAUCGUUGCCAUUCAAUCUCCGUCCCCGCUCGGCUACCGGACUCAGAAUGGCUCUCUUUCUCUUGGGAGAGAGCCAAAGAUUUGGAGAGCAAUAGUUUCAACUGCAUUGGCAGCUGCAGUGAUCACAUCUGGCCCCAAUGAGAUGUCUGCCAUGGCUGAUCUCAACAAGUUUGAAGCUGCUCAACGCGGGGAAUUCGGGAUAGGAUCAGCCGCUCAGUUUGGUUCUGCUGACCUCAAGUAGAGUGCCCCUUUCUAGGACUCAUUCCCAUAUUACACUUUUCAAGUGAGGUCACAUAGUUAAGGUCCCAUUUGCUAAGGGGUGGAUGUUGCUGAAUCUACUGAAACCGUGGUUGUUCAAAUAUAAAAAAUAAUACUCUUAGUUCAGUAGUUUCAGGCAAACAAAAACACAUUUAACUUUCUUUUCAUUGCUAACCAAGUCAUGCGCAAUCAAGAACUUAGUGUCUCGUUAAAAAUCUGGCACAUAAUCCAAAAACAAUGGCUCCCGAAUGGCCACUGAGUCAAUACUUUUCUCUGAUUUAUUAACCUUUGUAACUUUUUUUUUCCUAUGUUAUUAUCCAGAAAAGCUGUUCAUGUGAAUGAAAAUUUCAGAAGAGCAAAUUUCACAGCUGCUGACAUGAGAGAAUCAGAUUUUAGCGGUUCCACAUUCAACGGGGCAUAUCUUGAGAAAGCAGUUGCUUACAAAGCUAAUUUCACCGGUGCAGAUUUGAGCGACACAUUGAUGGAUCGUAUGGUUCUAAACGAAGCCAAUCUCACAAAUGCUGUACUUGUUAGAUCAGUUCUUACAAGGAGUGACCUUGCUGGUGCCAUAAUCCAAGGGGCUGACUUUAGUGAUGCCAUUUUAGA